AUGGCUCACGUCCUGCUCAACCAUCUCCUUCAGCAUCUUGAGCAGGGUCACCUUCCAGAAAGUCAGUGUGGCUUUCGGGCCGAACGUGGAACAGUCGAUAUGAUAUUUGCUGCACGCCAACUCCAGGAAAAAUGCCAAGAGCAGCACAGUGACCUCUUCGUGACCUUUGUCGAUCUGACGAAGGCCUUCGAUACAGUCAGCAGGGAUGGCUUAUGGAAGAUAAUGGAGAAGUUUGGCUGCCCAAGCAAGUUCAUCACGAUCGUCCGGCAGUUCCAUGACGGCAUGUUGGCUGUUAUCAAAGUGAAGGUGACUGUCAUCAGAGACUUCUUAUUCGCUGAUGACUGCGCCCUCAACGCCGGCACAGAGCAGAAAAUGCAGCAUGAAUUGGACUGCUUCUCAAGAGCCUGUGACAACUUCGGUCUCACCAUAAGCACCAAAAAGACUGAAGUUAUGUACCAGCCCGGGCCAGGACAGCCCUACCAGGAACCACACAUCAUGGUGAAGGGACAGGAACUCCAGGCUGUCGACAGCUUCACCUAUCUGGGCAGCACACUUUCAAGAGCGGUGAACAUUGGUGCAGAAGUCAUCAACAGGAUUGCCAAGGCCAGCUCCGCCUUUGGAAGACUCCGUGAGAAUGUUUGGGAGCGGACAGGACUCAGCCUUACCACCAAGCUGAAGGUUUACCGCGCAGUGGUGCUCACCACCCUCCUUUAUGCCUGUGAGACCUGGACGUCUACAGCAGACAUGCCAAACAGCUCAACCACUUUCACUUGA